UUGAACACUUCUAUGGCAAAGCAUUAUUAUCCACAAAGAAGUGAAUAAUGGUAAUCUACGGUGUAUUGUUAAUGGAUUAGCUAUACCUCGGUGGAUUAUACCAAACUUCCAUAUCCUUCAAAAGUAGGGUCGAGUGUUCGACUAUUCCAUUUCGUAGGUCAAGAUCAUCAGACUCCCGUUGGCAUAAACAUUUCAGACUGCCUGGCACAUUCUAAAACCACGGCGAAGAAGUUAUUUCCUGAUUGGCAGUUGAGAACUAUGGUCGUGUUGCUAUCGGGCUUUUAACAUCAUCAGUUGUUUUAUUUUAGUUUCUAGCAUAGUUCUAGAGCGUUCUCGAUUUUAAAUUUGCUGUGGAAAAUCUAUCAUGGAAACCACGAAAACUAUUAUCUGGAUAGUUUUGUGCGUCGCACAUCAUGGAUUUGCAUUCAAUUUAACAACAGUUGAACACUCAUCCUUAUCAUCAGACAUGGAGUAUUUCACUGCAGUAACAGAGAUAAUAACACAGUUUACCACAACACAUUACGAGGACCCCACCAUGGGAAGCGUCCCGGAAAAUGGUCUGCCAGAAGAAAGAAUAGAAACAACAAUCGCCACAGGGAAUUCUACCUUCCAGGCAAAAACGCCAGAAUUUUUAAAUUCCUUAGGAUCAAGUUCAACUGAUGACGUAGUGACGGCUAGUGAGUCACUUAAUUCUACGGGGGAUAAACAAACAACAAUGGCCUCGUCACAUAUAUCAACAAUUACUGACUUCGGCGAAUAUUCUGAAAGUACUGAACAUCCGGAUCCAAAAAUGUUUACCUCUUUAGACACUGUUUAUACAUCUCCCAGCAAUUUACGCACAAAUCAUGGAGUUUCUUAUGCCCCUACAAGUACCACGAACAUUCCCGUCAUCGACGACAAAGAGGUACUACUUUUCUCCCAGACAGUCGUUUUUGUUUUGAUCGGAAUUGUAUCUGUUCUUGGUGCUAUAUUCAUUAUUUGUAUUAUCGUGAAAAUAUGUACUUGUUAUAGAAAAAGGUCGAAAAAGAGUAAACGGAAGCAUUCUUGGAAGAGAGCAAAGACGGCGAUAAGUGAUACAUAUUUCACUAUUAUGAGCGGGAAGAGACCUCCUUUGCCACCGAGAAAUGCUCGAAGACACCGUGAUGAUGCUGAAGACCCAUAUCACGUCCCAGUACUCCUUGAUCUUUCAAAUAAAAAAAUUCCUUAUGAAAGCAAUUUUGAAACGAUGGUUUAUCAAAACUCUGAAAAUUCAACCAACCAGAUACCGCCAGGAAACACUAUUGACGCCGUAAAUAUGACAUCUACGGUCAUACACACUGCUGUAGAAAACAUUUAUGAAACUGCAUUUCAUAACAAUGGUUUAUCACCCGAUGAUGAUGAAUCAGGUAUUAGUCCACCAAAUGCGGAGGUCCCGCGUUCCGAUGGGCCUACAGACGAAGAAUCUCGCGCUGUAAAGCGCUACAUUUCAAUGCGCUGUCGACCUGAUCAACGAGAUGAGCUUCAAAGGAGUAGCGCAUGCUCAGGUGACAGCGCAAUUGCUGUAAAUGGAGAUAAAGUCAUAGAUGAAUAUAUCAAUAACUUAUUAAAAUUUGAUCAUGAUGGAGGUGAACCUCGUUCUCCAGAGUACAACACGUACGAUAGUGUCCCACAAAAUCCUUUUCGUUUUCCAAAAUCAGAUUCCGAACAUACCAAUGGUUCACACUAUGUAGAGAAAUCAUUUAUCAAUAAUGAAGACGUUCAUAAUCUGGAAUCGCCUGACUACAAUAUGCUACAAUUCCGAGAACCGCAGGGGGAUACGCAAAAAUACGCUAGUUAUUUACCUAAAAAUGAUGAUAAUACAAAGGCCUCGUUGAACGGUGUCGUUGCAGGAGGCAACCCGGUAGAGACAAUUAGUCCUACUGUACCAAGUGUAGAGAUGAAUACUGUAAAUGAACUUCAAAACGAAUAUACGAUUGACCCUACCAAUUUGCGUGAUACCGCGACAGUGAAAGAUGGUUCCGAGGGGAUAAUAGACAUUAGAAAAAAUUCAUGGAAACAACGAGGGCUUUCAUGGCGAAUAUGAUAGUAAUGAAUCUUCUUCAGAUUUUGCUAUUAUUAGUAGGGCCUACAAACAGUAUUAUUUUAAAUAUGUCUUCGAAUGAUAUACAAUGCACACACUUAUCACCUUCUAAUAACUUACUUAAAUAUUCAUAAUACGAAAGUGAUAUUUAACAUGAUUAAGUUUAUUAGCACAUACAGGCACUGUACAAUAUAUAAUUAAAAUUAUUAUUAAUAAUUAUUAGACUAUUAGCAUAUUGUUAAAUGUCAUGCAUAGGCCUACUUAAAGCAUAAGCCAAUGAAUUACAUUUACUGUCUUAAAUUUAUAAAAACAGGACUUAAAAUAAUUUACUGUGUUGGUUAACAUGUACAGUACAAUUUGUAACCAAAGGACAGAAGCUAUGAUCACGCUAUCGGUUUUUAUGUGACAAAUUUGAGUAAUCCCGUACAAUAUAUGGCCAAUAAUGACGUCAUAUUUUCAUACCCAUAUAUGAAAAAAAUUGAUGUUUGUCGCAUGAAGUUUGAUAGUGUGAACAGAGCUUCUGGUUUCCAUAAAACCGCUGCAUAGUUAUCGUUUACAGUUUUCGGCGACGCUAAUUGGUCGGUCGAAUCUCGGAACAUUUAAGAUUGGGUCGGGGACAGCUACUCAGUAGUAGUGAUUAUAGUGGGAAUAAAACUAUAAAAGUAGAUGAGAUGAUGAUGAUGUUACUGGCAAUAGUGGAACAGUCGCGCCGCGUUGUUGCGUCUAGUCUCGCAUUCUCGCGUUUGAAGCUUGUAGCCAAAGUGUGAACCAAAGUUUCGCGUCUAAUUUUGAGGUCACACUAAAUCUCGCGUGCGUUGCGUAUGAAUCACACUUAAAAAUAAGCAGUCAUCAUAACACUGUAAUAACUUCAAAUAGUACUCAUCUAAAAUGUUUUAACGCCUACGUAUUAACUUUAAAUACAAAAAAGAAGCGGAGGUGUAACAUAGUGGUUAAGUUGUUUGCCCUCCAAUCCCAAUUCGAAAUGAUUUGUUGUCACAACACAAACAUAACUCACUCCGCAAGCUUAAUGUGAGAUUUAUGUAAAGCAUAUUUCAUGUCAUGUAAAAAAAUUAAAACUAAAAUACUUUUUAGUUCUCUAUUGACGUAUCAUUGGCUCUUGUACUUAAAAUAAAUACAACCUUCGGUACGUUUUAAUGUAAAUUCGAUAUACUUGUAUAUUGUCACUUAAUCGCCACGUAUAUGCCCAUAUAUAAUUUUAAACCAAUUGUAUAAUAGUUGGUGUAUUUUCUUUCUAGUCCAGAUCAUAUGCUGCAAUAAAACGACAUAUUUAUAAAUGUGUUGCAUU